GUGAUCAAGAUCCAAUCCUGGCGAAAAGGUAUUACGGGUCGAAGAUUUGCCAAGGAGUUCAAAAAGUUGAGCUCUGCACGGCGCAUCCAGAGUUGUUGGAAGCAAUGGCGAGUGCGACGGGUUUAUCAAGACUUGAGACAAGCGGUGUAUCUGGCACAGGAGAGGUGGCGGAUGCAUGCUGCCAAAUCGCAGAUGAAGAAGCUCAAGCAAGAAGCCAAGGAGGUUGGAGCGCUGAUGGCCAAAAGCCACAAGGCUCAGGAGCAAGCAACAUCGUUGCGGAAAAGAAACGACGAGUUGGAAGCUGUGCAGCUACAGCUGCAAUCAGAGAAGAAAUCUUUACAGAGCCGAGCCGCCACCAUAGUGAAUGCAGAUUGUACUUACUAUCAUUGUUCUAUCAUCAUCCCUAUGGUUGUUUGUUUCAUUUUUGUCCGCCUUCAAUUCAAGGCGAAAGAGCUGGAAGAAGCACUGGAGAAGUUGAAAUCACAGAUGGAGGAGGUGAAAGUUCAAGCCGAAGAAGCUGCAACACUUGCCGCCAGCAACAAAGUCGUUGUAGAGACAGAGAGCUUGAAACGCUUGGAGACUUCAUUGGAGGAGAAGACCACCGAGAUCUCCCAGGUCAAGGAAGAGCUGAUGGCCUUGAAAACGGCUUCGGCCAAGCAGCAGGAAGAGCUGCAUGAAGCUGAAGGUCGUUAUCAGCAACUCUUGAAAAACACCGCCAUGCAGCUGGAGGUGGCAGCGAACGCAGUGAGUAUUGUGGGCAUAUUGUUUGGCAAGGUGCCAGAGAUGCAGCAAAGAGCAGAAAACAGCAACAGCGCAGAAGGAACACGUAGUUUGGCCGCUGCUUUGCUGCUGACCUAUCGCUUUGCUGCUCUCUUGACGCAUUGCUCCAUGCUGUUCGACCGCAUUCCCAUGCGGCGAACGGUUAGGUCUGACGGGAAGUCAUCCAUGGCCUCGACACGACCGAGGCGCUAAUCGACGGGACAGCGCAACGUCUUCAUUCAGUUGGCGGGAGCUCAAU